AUGACUUUUUCGUCUACCUCUUCAAAAGUGAUUGUCGCUGUCACCCAGGCAGAGCCAGUUUGGCUUGACCUUGAUGCAACAGUGGACAAGACUUGUGCCCUCAUCACAGAGGCCGCGAAGAAUGGCGCCAAAAUUCUGGCAUUCCCUGAAGCCUGGAUUCCGGGUUAUCCAGCUUGGAUUUGGUCACGACCAAUGGACCCAGAGUUGACCACCCGGUACAUUCAAAAUUCGCUCAAGCUUGAUUCUCCUCAAGCUGCCAAGAUUAAACAAUGCGCAGCCGAAAACGGCAUUGUUGUUGUCCUGGGCUUUUCGGAGAAUGUGAACGGCUCGCUCUACAUUUCCCAGGCCAUCAUUGAUGCUGACGGAGAGCUUCGUCUUACGCGAAACAAGAUGAAGGCGACUCAUAUGGAGCGAACCAUCUUCGGAGACUCUUUUGGUGAUUGCCUUGACAGUGUCACCGACACAGAGGUGGGAAGGGUUGGCGCCCUGAACUGCUGGGAGCAUUUACAGCCACUGCUAAAAUACCACCUGUACUCGCAGAAAGAACAGAUUCACGUGGCAUCGUGGCUCCCCGUUCAUAAAGACGUGCCAGAGGGCGCUCUAGAGUCCAUGUCGAACAAAGGCAUCUCGGCCAUUGCGCAGGUGUACGCAAUCGAGUCGCAGUCCUUUGUUCUCCAUUCCACGACCGUCAUUACCCAGCCUGGUCUUGAUUUGCUGGGUAUCACGCGCGGCUCGUUAAUGGGUCACCCUGGCGGCGGCAACUCUGCUGUGUUUGGGCCAGACGGAUCCAAGCUGAGCGUCGAUAUCCCCGAGGACGAGGAAGGGAUUGUUUACGCCACCAUUGAUCUUGAUGACGUUCUCAAAGCGCGGGCAUUUAUUGACACUUGCGGUCACUACAGCAGACCAGAUCUUUUGUGGCUUGGUGUCGACAAGGAGAUCAAGCGUCAUGUGCGGGACUUGUGA